AUGACGGGGUGGGCGAGGUAUUUGGAUGGGGUGCACCCGCAGGAUUUGCGCCAGCUCAUAGAGGCGCCCGUGGAGGUAGAGGAGGUGAAGGAGGCAGAGGCAGAGGAUAAGGAUGCCAAGGCAGAUCCUACCGAGCAGGCCGUGUGGGUGAUUUGGGACGCCAUGGACCAGCUGGCGCGGCGUAGCCAGCGGACCAUGCAGCAGUGCGGCGCAGGCAUCCGCGUGGAGGCGGCCCGUACAGAGGCCGGCCAGGCGCCAUACAAGCCGCUGCAGGCGUACAUGGACGAGGCAAGCAUCCAGAAGCACGUGCAGCCAUGGCAGCAGGUGUUGGCAUUCAUUACGCGCACGCAGGCCGCGCAGGCAAGCCCAAGCCAGGACAGGGAUGGUGAUAGCCAGGAGGAUGGUGAUGAAGGUGAUGGCAGUGGCCAUGGCCAUGGCAAGUGGCUAGGGAGGUUGCCCGCGUAUGGGAUGACCCCGCGGCAGCGCUAG